GUAUUCAUAAAUUGCCCUCUUUUUUCUUUUAAUUAUAAAUUGGAAAUUCGGUUGCUUGAAGCGGCUAUAAGGUUUCAUGCAAAGUAUUGAAUUUUUUCCCCUUACAGUUGGGUUCAUUUUGGGGUUUACAAUUGGGUAUUUCUUCACUGCUUUGAUAGGAGAAGUUAUGGGUGAGGAAUUAUUGGGUUCAAACAGCUCUACAAGUACCACAGCCAUCGAUUCCUCCAAUAUAGGCUUUCAGCUAUUGAAGAAGCAUGGGUGGAAAGAAGGUACUGGUCUUGGAGUUUCUGAGCAAGGGAGGUUAGAGCCAUUACAGGCAUGUCUGAAAAAUAAUAAACGAGGUCUAGGAGCAGAUAAAGUGAAGAAGAGGACACCUAAGCCUCUUGAAUCUCUUAUCGCCAAGGAUCAAAAUGAGAAGUUUCAGGAACAUUCACCUUCAAAAAAGUCCAAGACACUUUCUAAGAAACAAAGGAAGAUGCAACAGUUAGAAAAGCAUUUGCAAGAGAAGGAAUUUGAGCGGGCCUUUUAUCGGGAGUUCUGGCCAGAUAACGUUUGAUGUCAGAAAUGCAUCAUCUAUUCUCACCAAUGUUAUAUUCUGUUUCCUUCUCUUUCUUCUUAGGCUUUGAUUGAUGUACAGUUAAGAAUUUCUUUUACAGCAAUUUACAAUUUUAUAUUCAGACUGUAAGAUUGUAACUUCAGACAUCUAAUUAUGCAGGAAGUAUCAUGUUUUGAAUUGCCA